AUGAACAGUGUUAUGAAUAUCAAAGAUGGCGAAUAUACGGCUACCGUAUACGGAUUGGUGAGUUGCGAUUUUUUCCACGUGGCAAAAAAAAUCCACGUCAUAACUCAUGUCAUUCACAGAUCAAAGAUCAAAAAUUCAUCGAAGCCACCCGCAUCCUACAAUAUCAAAACGAACGAGAUCCCAAAAAUCGGGCGGCCCUAUCCCUUUUGGCCUACUGCUAUUAUCACACCCAGGAUUUUUCAAGUGCAGCCGAUUGCUAUUCGCAACUCUCCUACAAUUUUCCCGGCACAUCAACAAUAUCAGAUUUUUCACGCGCAGGCACUUUAUAA